UUUCGGUCAACUAGUUCCGUCCUCAUCCCUCCCCUGCAACCACAAAUCCUAAAAUGUUGAGGAAACAUGGCGACUACACGGUAGCUGGUCUCUUCUGACCUAAUAUUUACCUUGCGAAAAUGUCUUGUCUGUUUUCCGGCCAGUCGAAAUGAAAGCUUCAUUUGACGUGAAAAUGUAUUCUACCUCUGGUGUAACGUAUGUGUGAGAGGAUGGGUGCUUCGGCCUCCAACCCAGCUGGGGGGCUGGGUGGUCCUGGUGGCCCUAGUGGUCCAAUUGGCAGUAUAGGAAGUCAGAGUGGUCUUUGUGCUUCUGGAUCAUCAGGUGGUUCAACAGCUCAAGCCGCACGCCUGUCUUCAAAUCAAAGUCCAGGCCUUGUACCAUCUGGGACCAAUGACCAGCUAUGCUUAUUAGUCAGGGAACGGAAAAAGAAGGGUACUAGUUUUGCCACCCUCAGAAAGAAAUGGAUGAGAAAAAGGCGGUCCUCCAAAGCUUGUGAUCAUGGUCGAGUUCUCCGAGAGCUUGUUAGUGAUUGGGGUGCACUUGAACUUAGUGCUCUCCUGGAAGAAUAUGAAGCUUUAGCUGCUCUUAAGGAUCUCUGUGUUCAAGCAGAGUUAGCUCGGCCACCUGCUGCCACCUACAAACAAGAUUUGUCCACACUGUACGAUUUUAAGCACUGUACUGAUGUGGAUCUUGUCUUUCAUGGCAUUUGCUUUCCUGUUCAUCGAGCCAUACUCUCUGCUCGGUGUCCUUACUUUCGAGAUCUCUUAGCUGGCUACCCAGUUCACGGAGCUCGCAUCAGAGUUGAGCCCCGCACAGCAGGAGUUGAUGUGGAUAUGUUCUCAUCAUUAUUGCGUUAUCUGUAUACUGGGGAUUUGCGACCUCUUGAAGACAAUCCUGAAAGAAUUACUUUAUUACGAAGACUUGGCAACGAAUUCGGCACCUUAAACCCACUAGAACGGGACCUUAGAUAUCUUCUAGAAUCAGGGGACUAUGCUGAUGCUGCUCUAGUUUUCACAUCUGAUGGUGACUGUCGAAGACCAGAUUCUGGUAGUUCAGAGUAUGGAUUCCGACCCAAACUAGAGCUUCCCUGCCACAAAGCAUUACUUUCAGCGCGGUCACCUUUCUUUAGAAAUCUCAUACAAAGAAGAACUAGAUCUGGCGAAGAGCAUACUGAAAGAGCACUUCACAUACCUACCAGAAUUGUUUUGGAUGAAUUUGUGAUACCCAAGAGAUAUGCUCGAGUUCUUUUGCAUGCUAUAUACCUAGACACAGUAGAUCUCUCUCUUAUUUUGAGGGGAAGUGGAUGUGCUGGUAGUUCUGGCAGUUUGGGAGAGGUUCAGGCCUUGACUCAUACAGGUCGUACUAGACCAAGUGCUCUAGAGGAGGCUAUGGAGCUCUAUCAAAUGGGUCGCUUCCUAGAGCUUGAUAUUGUCACCCAAGGCUGUGAAGACCUCAUUCUGGAAUGGUUGACUUUGGAUGCACUGCCUGCUGUUUUGAAAUGGAGUAGCCAACCUCAUGGCUCUGCCUGGGUUCAUCGCCAAGCCCUUCACUUUUUAAGAGAGGAAUUUUCUCAAGUUGCCUCAAGCCUUGUAUUACAUCAGCUAGACAAAUUUCAUUUGAUUCAGGUGCUCCAGAGUGACUUUUUACAGGCAAGUGAAUUGGAAGUUCUGCAAGCUGUAUUAAAGUGGGGUGAACAGGAGCUUGUUCGCCGCAUGGAGGAUCGAGAACCAAAUCUUCUCAAUCAUACUGCCCAUUCAGUUGCUCGCAAAGGUGUUAAAAAGCGAGACCUUAGUGAUGUAGAACUUCGGGAAAUCCUGUGUGAGCUGCUUCCUUUAGUGAGAGUAGAUCAUGUCUUACCACCAAAUAGUGAAGUUCUGAGUCAAGCUAUUAGAAGAGGUCUGGUCAGUUCUCCUCCAAGCCACAUGAUUGGUGAUGAUCGCCAUAGUGUAUCAGCUCUCAGAUUAGAUGCCUGGGUAAGAGGUACAAGAAACAAUGGCUUGUUUGUGAGGCCACGGCUAUUCAUGCCUUAUUAUGAAGAAAGCAAGGCUCUCCUUGAAGAUCAUUUGGUGCCCGAUGUUGAUAUGUCACGAAUGAGAAGAAAUCGGUACAUUAGGGAUAUUCCUGACACUUUAUACAUGGUUGAAGAUAAACCUAGAUCUAGAGGAACAAAUGUCCCUGUUGAUGUACUUGCGGCAGCUAUUCCAGUACCAGACCCAGCUACUAUGACAGCAAUGCUCAAGAGAGAACAUAAACUAAGGCAAAGUGUGAGUGUUCAAAGAGCAGUUUCUUUGCCAUUAUCAUCACGACAUGAAAUCAAUCGUCAAGUUCGAUUAAGAGUAGUUCGAGAAUUCAACCUACCUGAUGCUGUUGCUGAUUUAUUAGAAAAUGCUGCGUGUUAUUCGAACACUGAAGAAGAAAUAGAUAUUGUUAUGGAAACUGAAUCUGAAAACAAUUUAAGCUGCAGUGUAGCUAGUGGUAUUGGUUGCCCUGUCAGACGAGUAACAUUACCACGUUCCCAUCGUGGGGAGUUGCCUGCUGUUGUUACAGAGGGUGACUCCUACAGAAUGCCAGGGGAGCAAGCUGGAAGUAGUUCUUGUAGUGAUGGACAUCUAUCAGACAUCAUGCCUGAUGUCGCUAUGGCUACUGCUACAUUUGGGCAAAUGCAACUGGCUGAGCAGACAGAAUUGGAAUUAGAUUUGGGUGAUGGCAAUAUUCACUCAGCACAGCUGGGCCAUUCCUCUCACUCUCAGCAGAUGGUGAUGCAGGUAUCUCAGAAUGUACACCAUCCUCUUGCACAUGGACUUGGCCCUACCCCUUCACACAGCCGACAUCGUUAUCACCGCUAUUUGGGAUGCCCGCCACCAGGGGUACCACCUCCUUAUUCUCAUCAUACAGGGCCCCCACGUUUUAUUUAAAAACGAUUGUACUGUGUUACAUAUUUCACCCAUCAUAUUUUGCAUGACAGUGUGCCGACAGUUUUGUCAAUGGAUGGGCAGGAGACAACAAUUCAUUCAUUUAGGAAGGCACAUUUAACCUUGUUGUGUGCACUGCCUGGGGUUCCUGUGAUAUAUGUAUGAUUUGUCAAAAUUCUGUAAAGGCUGUGCAACGCUACUAGCCAUAUGUUCAUAACAUCUCUAAUGUUUCAAGAUAUUAUACAUGCUACAUUUCAACCUCAUUUUGAAGGGUGAGCUUUUUGCUUCGUCAGUUUUGAAAGGGUCAAAAUCAUCCUUUGUUUUUACAGUAAGUGAAAGUUGUAAUGUGUUAAGUGGGAAAUGGUUAAUGUUGUAUUGAGCGCCCCCCCCCCCUUUUUUUUUGUUGUUGUUGCUGUUAAUAUUGUGAUACUUAAAUUUUCAGAUAUCUCAAGUUUCUUUGUUUCAUAAAAUGUAAGAUCUUACUUUAUUAUUUCAUUAUGCAAUGUGGUCUUGUGUUAUUUAUUUUUUGUUUAUAGCAAUGAAAGGAUAUUUAUGAAGAAAACCUUGCAUAAUGUAGAUUGUUUUUUAAAAGUUAGGUAGUUAUUUUCUUCUAUUGUUUUAUUUGGUAUUUAAGUUCGUGUAUGACCUUAUUUGUUAGCCUUAGUGUUUUUUGGUGAAAAGGUUUUGCCUACAGAAUCUCAUCAAAUUGUUUUACAAUUUUAAAAUUUGGAUCUAAAAGAGUUACUUCUGUGUAUAUGAUGUUAUGCACAGGCUUUACAUACAUGGGAUAUAUUAUACAGCCCUCCUCUACAUUUUAAUUCUUGCUAAGGCAGAAGUAAUUAUUUAGAAAGUUCAAAUUUAACCAGUAAUACAAUGUUUACGACAGGGCAUUAUUACCUAGUCUUGUGGCCACCAUGUGCUCUAUUACUAGUGGUUUCCUGUGGACUGUAGAUUCACCAUGUAUACCACAUUCAACAGUACAUGAUUGUUCCUGACAGUAAAUGGCGGUGUGGCGGUACUGUGUGUCAGGCCCAUUUCACAACAGUUUGCAGGUUUGCCUACUCGCUCCUCCAGUGGCACCAUGGCCCCUAAGGUAUGCAAACCAGCAACACUGUUGUGUCAUAGGCUUGACACACGGUACUACAUAGAAAUAUGCCAAAUGACCAAUAUACUGGUAACUCCCAUGCACUGUCACUGUCACCUUAGUGAUUUUUUCCCAUCAUUAACAGAGUGCUGCUUUGGUGUGUAUGAUGGUCACAUAGUCGUAAACGUGUCAAAACAAAAGUCUUUUAGAGGUUGAACAGUAUAUUGUCCCUAGCAUCCUUUUUUUUAAAAAUGCAAAUUUUAGUGUGCUGCUAGAUGUUUGAAUUUGAGUUUUUGUAAGACUGAUUUUGUCUCCAUGGUGGAAAGUAUUUACCUAGUUUUGCUCACUGUUCAAGUUAAGUGCUUAUCUGUAUCUUCUUUUCAUACCAUAAAUGCCAUAAAUUGGACAAAGUGGCUUCCAUUAAAUUGUAUUCUACGUGAUAGAGUUUCUCAUGUACAAAUUUUUUGGUUGCUCCAAUCAGCUGAAAAAGAAGCAUACCUAUUUAUUUAUUUUUUGUGUUGGAGGAGUCAUGGAAAAUAAAAUCAACAUUGUAUUAGGGCCAGAGUAUGUGUGCUGCUGCUACUUUCUUGUGACCAAACUUAAAUGUAAAUUUUAAAAAAAGAGGAGUACAUUAAAUUGUAGAUAUUGUGUACAUUGAAGAUUUAUAUUAUACCGUAUGAAAAUUAUUGUAUGUACCCAUCUUGCCAAAGGAUCAGGAGAGCUGGAUGAGAAUGUGUUCAUCAGUUUUAUUUGGCAGAAAAUGUGACAUCGUUUUUGGUAAAUAGAAUAAAGUUUUAUUCCUAUUAAUACAUACCUAUAUUUAAAUAUACAAGCAUAUUGAUAAAUAAAUCUAUAAAGAUAUAUAUGAUCUAGAAUAGACUGUUAAGGUCAUAACUGUUCAUGCCAAGGCCAUCAUUUGAGGUUCAGAUUUCUCAUUAAGAAAGGGAAGGAGACGUGUGCUCCGAACUACUGGCUUUUAUUUUUUUGGAAGUCUGAAAUCCCAGUAAUUUUAGGUUUUGUAGUAAUUGGUUUCUUUCUGAUUGAGUUUCUUAUCAGUAACUACAUGCUUUGCAUUACUUGGCUCUUCUUUCUCACUUUUCCUGAUAGCAUAUUGAUGAAUUGUACUCACAAAUUCAGUUUCAGUGUCUUCGAUUGUAGCAUACCUAUUUCUCAUUAUGUUGAGCUAUUCUCAAUGAACUUGAAACAUAUACAUUUGUACUGUUGAUUUUACAAAGAUUCUAAUAAUGUCAUUUCGAAUGGGCUUUGUCUUCUUGAUAUCAAUUUUUUUUUUCUGUAUCUACAUGUAUUUAUUUUAAUACUGGAUUUAAAUUAAUUUUCUGGAAACUUCAUGUAUUAUGCCAUUUUUCUCAGGUAAUUGCCAUUUCAGUGGGGAUUGCAUGUACCUAGUUUGCCUAGCAUUAUUUCCUGUAAUUUUGACUUUUCAUGGACAUACUUGACAAGUGUAUGGUAGUUUUUGCUCAUCAGGAAGCAGAAAUGUGCCCAUGAAGGUGUUGUCUUGCAUCAUACCAUGAUAUGUGCACUUUGUAAAGUUGUGAUAUUUUUUCCUUUUGAAAGAAAAAAAAGUCAUGUAUUUUUCUCUUAUCCUUUCACCGUAUUGAUCAGGGAAAUCAGUCUGAUACUGUUCUACUUGUGGUAUAUAAGUGAAAGUUAAUAGCCUGGUAGGGUGUCUUACUAUUAUUAAAAAAAAAAAGAAGAAAUAAGGGUGUUCUAUAAUGUAAGUUGUACCCCACAAAAGAUUCUUAUCUUGCAUGUGUGAGUUUUAGUUGUGAUUAUUUUCUCAACCACUAUUCCCACCCUCCCAGAAGUUAAGUCCAGUACUCACCUUAUUAACUGUCUCUGUUAAUGGAAUCAGUAGUGAUUGUUUGCUAUGUCGUAAACAUUUGCAUUCCGCAGUGAAGUGAAGCUGAUGAAGAUCUAACAAAAACAGGAAUUAUUUCAGUGUAGAGGUUUUUAUUUAGACAAGUUCAUUUAAAAGCCCGAUGGUCUUCUAAAAUAGCUUUCCACAGGCAAUUUUAGAUAAAUGUUUUGUUUCAAUUGUGGUACUGUAUCUGCAAGGUUUAAUAAAUUGACAUCUGUCUUCUGA